AUGUUGAAAGCAGUUAUUCUAAUUGGAGGGCCUCAAAAAGGUACCCGUUUCCGGCCCUUAUCUCUUGAUACACCAAAGCCACUGUUCCCUAUAGCAGGCCUGCCUCUAAUACAGCACCACAUUGAAGCUUGUGCAAAGCUGGAGGCUUGCAAAGAGAUCUUGAUCAUAGGCUCCUACACCACUAGUCAUAUGCAGCAGUUUGUCACAGACAUGGCUAAGGAAUACCAUGUUAUUAUCAGAUACCUACAGGAAUUCACUGCCCUUGGAACUGGAGGAGGUUUGUAUCACUUCAGAGACCAAGUGCGCGCUGGUAACCCUACUGCCUUCUUCUUGCUCAAUGGUGAUGUGUGUGCUGACUUCCCACUGAAAGACUUGUGGCAUUUCCAUGAAGAGAAGCCAAAUGCAUUAGUAACGAUAAUGGGCACUGAAGCAACACGCCAGCAGUCUGUCCACUACGGUUGUAUGGUCUGCGAGUCCGGUAGUAAAUCAGUAACCCAUUAUGUUGAGAAGCCCAACAGUUAUGUUUCCACGUUGAUCAAUUGUGGUGUGUAUGUGUGCUCGCUUCAAGUUUUCCAUACUAUGGCAGACGCGUUUCAGAAGAAGCAGGAUAGGUUUUACAGUGGCAAUGGGCACAGUAACCCCGGCUAUAUGUCAUGGGAGCAAGAUGUGUUGGCACCUCUGGCAGGAACUAAUAAAUUGUAUGCUAUGCAGGUAAAUAACUGGUGGUCUCAAGUAAAAACGGCCGGUUCAGCGAUAUACGCAAAUCGUCACUAUCUGGAGUUGCACAAGGAGCGUACGUGUACCAACGCAACGUGCACGGUAUUACCCGACGUGUUCGUGCAUCCAACUGCCACCGUGGACCCCACGGCUGUUAUCGGUCCGAACGUGUCAAUCGGCGCUGGCGUCACAAUAAAAGCCGGUGUUCGGAUCAAGGAGUCCAUCGUACUGAACAAUGCUACCAUCAACGAACACGCAUUAGUCAUGUAUUCAGUUGUGGGUCAAGAAGCAUCAGUGGGCGAGUGGUCCCGCGUAGAAGGCACUCCUUCAGAUCCUGAUCCCAAUAAGCCGUUCGCGAAGAUGGACAACACUCCACUUUUCAACACUGAUGGAAGACUGAACCCUUCUAUAACAAUAUUAGGUGCAAGUGUGGUAGUGCCUGCUGAGACGAUCCUCCUCAACUCAAUAGUGUUGCCACAUAAACAUCUAACAAGGAGUUUUAAACACGAAAUCAUAUUAUAG